AUGUGUUCCUUCCUGGUGAGCAGCUGGCUGCUGACGAAUCUGACCUAUGUCAACUUCUUCAUGCGUCCGCGGGGGCCGGAUCUCACCACCCGUAUCCACCUUCACAACUUUACCUUUGUCCACAACUUGCUUCACAUGACAGGUGAACGCAUCCCACAGCCCUUUGUGAGUGAUGACCAGCAGGUGGUGGUGCUUUACAACGGGGAGAUCUAUAAUUUUCGAUCUCUUUGGCCCGACUCCGCCAGUGAUGGCGAAGCACUGCUGCCGCUCUACCUGCGUCAGGGGCACCUCUUUCCACGACUCUUGGAUGGCGAGUUUGCCCUGGCCCUGCUGGAUUUCCGCCAACGCCAAGCGGUGAUCUCCACCGAUAUUUUCUCCACGAAGCCCUUGUGGUUCUCGACAUACCAAGGCUUUCAUGUGGCCAGUUAUCAAAGCGCACUGGUACGCAUGGGAGUGCCAAGAGGAGAGGUGCGAAUGGUGGAUCCCAACACUAUCAUUGUGUUUGAUCUGGAUUCUGGAACCAUUCAGAAGCGUGCUUUGCACGAGUUCGAUCUCCGUCAGUUCAAAGAGGACUCACAAGACUUUCAGGCAGCCUUUGCAAGUGCAGUGCAGAAGCGCGUGCAGUAUGCCAUCCAUCCAAUGUUCAUUGGACUAUCAUCUGGCUAUGACAGUGGUGCCAUUCACGUCGCACUGGUGCAAGAGAGGACGGGGCACUUCGCUUACACGGUCUUCUCCACGGAGGACAUGAAGAUUUUGCAAGAGCGGAUCGCCUGGGCGGGCAACUGGACGGAGACCAACGUCAUUGUUCUCAGUGGCCCUGAUCUGGAGCGAGAGGCACAGCGCUUGGCAGAGCAGUGUGAGCCUUUCCACUACAGGGCAUCGCGAGGACAAGAAUUUCUGGUUUCAGAAGAUCCAGCCUCCUCGGGUCUGUCCUUCAUCAUGCAAGAGGUGCGCCGGCGUGGGAUCUUGGUCUACCUCAGUGGCACUGGGGCGGACGAGAUUAUCUCGGACUACGGCCAUGGAGGUAAGAAGAUCUUCCCGCACUCCAACUUCGGAGGCUUCUUCCCAGAUGACUUGCGGGAGCUCUUCCCUUGGGAAGCCUUCUUCUUGGGUACGCAGCGCGACUACCUCAUGAAGGAGGAGCUGGUCGCUGGAGUCCAUGGAGUGGAGGCCAGAUAUCCCUUUCUGGAUCGCAUGGUGGUUCAAGAGUUCCUUUGGCUCUCUCCGACGGUGAAGAAUGCCAAGUACAAAGCGCCCGUGCACGACUGGCUGGAGCGCUAUAACUAUCCAUUUCGCUCAGGGGAAAAGGUGGGCUUCAACGCCAUGCACAACGUCCAGUGGCACGAGGAGAAGAGCCAAGUCUACACCAGCUUUGCCAAGCCGGAUCCGAAGGCAGACCAGGAGUGGCCAUUGUGUGUAGAAGCAGCGAAGCACAGCGAAGCUCUGGCAGAGCGGGAAUGGGCACUCGCCAAGCGUGAGGCGGAGCUGCAGGCGACUGAAGAUCAGCUGAACGAUCAGGCGCAGCGUCUUCAAGAGGCCUGGCGACAAAUCAGCGGCCAGGCCCAGGCGGUGCAGCAGCUCAAACAGCAGCUGGAGUCGGUCACUGAGGCCCAGCUGCGCUUUGCAGCCCUGCGCUUACUGCCGCUGCAGCACAUGGCUCAGAGGCCUUUCAGAGCCUUAAAGGAUCCGCUGGCUGCACGGGAGACUGGCGAGGCGGAUGCGAGCAUGGACUUUGACACAGGACACCCCAAGUGGUCUGGCGUGGAGGUCGUGACCUGCGUCAGUGGCGGUCGCUACGUCAACGUCAUGGACUACCCCGUCUUCCAUCUCAUGCGCGCAUCGACACCCUUGCCGGUGCACAACGUGUGCGAGAACCAUGAGUGGGAUGGCAUGUACAUGAGGCUUCGCUUCUAUCGGGACUUCCUGGAGACGCACCUUUCUUCCAGCCGCCGUUCUUCCCGCGAGCGUCGCAGCGAGCGGCUCUUUCUCGUGAGCGACGGGAUGGACGUGAUCUUCAACGACCUGACGUCGAUCGCCGGCGCUACGAGCGCCGCGACCGAUGCGGAGGGAGCGUCGCGGCUCAUCGUCGAGCGCUACGAGGCCAUCGUCGCCGGAUCCAGUGUGGAGGUGGUCUUCUCCUCCGAGCGACUGUGCGGCUGGGGCGGUGGCCACAUCUGCUCUGAGGAGGACGAUGCGCGCUAUCCGCCCGCACCAACGGAGUCGAAGUACCUCAACGCGGGAGGCUAUUUGGGCCCCGCUGCAGCGUUGCUGCGGAUCCUCCGCUGGGUCCUCGCGCGCACAGACACGCGGGAGGAGGGUGGAGAGGCGCUGCGGUGGAAAACCACGGCGCAGGAUGCAGCAGGAGGAGAGACUGACCAAUAUUUCUUCAAGAUGUACUUCUGGGAGCAUCCCGAGUCUGUGACUCUCGACUACCACCAGUCCAUCUUCGGGAAUUUUGUGGAAGUAGAAGGAAAGCCCUGUCACGAUGGCUGGCGCCCCAGGUGUAGCAUGCAGCCAUGUUGCACAGUGAGUGACAGCUUUCGGCAGCUUCAGCAGGUUUUCUAUGGCAACUACCGGGUGGAUGGUUGCGCUCUCUGGCGGCAGAACACUCUGCCCAUCACCUGGCAUGGAAAUGGAGCGGGGAAGUGGCUGUGGCUAUUGUCUUUGGAAGAGCUGUCAAGAAGUUGUCCCUUCAUCGCCAACCUCACAGUGCAAAGGUAUCCCGUCCAGCCCAUCCUUGACCUCUUUGACCGUUUCGACCGAAGCCGCGUGCAGAUCCAGCAGAUCUUGCGGCCUUGCCCCAACUCCAGUGAUGCCUUCGCGGUGGUGCAGACCUUGCUCCGCGACGACCGCUGGGCAAGAGGAACUAUGCUGGAAGGUGAAGAAGUUCAAGCAGCGGAAGUGGAGGUGCAGGAAGAAGAGGCCUGA